AUGGACACACAAGGGGAGAAGAAAAGACUAUUCUGUGGGAAAUGGCACAUAGUUUGCCGUUUUGCGUUGUUCAUUUGUUUCUUGGACGCAGUCCGGGGACAGAUUCGCUACUCCAUCCCCGAGGAACUGGAGCAUGGAGCUUUUGUUGGCAAUAUUGCAGAGGACCUGGGCUUGGAUUUGGGAAAGCUCUCUGCGCGCAGGUUCCGGAUAGUCUCCGGUGCCAAGAAGCAAUAUGUGGAGGUAAAUUUAGAGAACGGAGUUUUGUUUGUCAAUGAAAGAAUCGAUCGGGAAGAACUAUGCGAACAGAGUUUGUCUUGUUCUUUUCACUUGCAAGUUGUUAUAGAAAACCCUCUGGAGCUGUACAGGGUGGAGAUGGAAAUUUUGGACGUGAAUGAUAACUCCCCGAGUUUCCCAUGGACCGAGUUUAAUCUGGAUAUAUCGGAGUCAGCUGCGCCAGGUUCACGUUUCCCACUUGAGAGCGCACAGGACUUGGACGUCGGAUCCAACUCCCUGCGCACAUAUUUGCUGAGUGUAAAUGAACACUUCCUUUUGGAUAUACAGACGCGCAGUGAUGGCAGUAAAUUUGCAGAGCUGGUCCUCCAAAAUCCACUGGACAGAGAGCAGCAGAGCGCGCAUCAAAUGGUCCUAACAGCGGUGGAUGGAGGCGCGCCAGAGAGAUCCGGCACUGCGCAAAUUGAUAUCACCGUUUUGGAUGCGAACGAUAACGCGCCUGUGUUUGAUCAGUCCUUUUACAGAGUGAGGCUGGCAGAAAACGCACCCAAAGGCACAGUUGUCAUAAAACUCAACGCGUCCGAUUUAGAUGAAGGUCCCAACGCUGACAUCACCUAUUCGUUCAGUGGCCACGCGCCCAUCAAAGUGCGCCAGCUUUUCAGCGUGGACUCGCGCACGGGGGAAAUCAAAGUCAAAGGUGUGAUCGAUUAUGAAAAGUCCAGGAUGCAUGAAAUUUAUGUCCAGGCUAAAGAUAAAGGUCCCUCUGCUGUGGCAGUUCACUGCAAAGUUCUUGUGAACGUUUUGGAUAAAAAUGACAACCUCCCAGAGGUGAUUUUGACAUCAGUGUCCACACCUGUGCAGGAGGACGCGCCCCCAGGAACUGUGAUAGCUGUAAUCAGCGUAAUGGACAAAGACUCGGGUGAAAAUGGAAAUGUGGACUGUGAGAUCCCCCACCAUGUCCCAUUUCAGCUCCAUUCAUCUUUUAAGAACUAUUACACAUUAGUAACUUGUGAUUUUCUGGACAGAGAGGCAGUGGCAGAGUAUAAUAUCACCCUUACCGCGCGAGAUAUGGGCUCCCCACCUUUAUUCACAAGGAAAACUAUUUUAGUUCAAGUGUCUGACGUGAAUGAUAACGCGCCUCGCUUUAAACAGCCUUCAUAUACUGUGUAUUUGACUGAGAACAAUGCGCCGGGAGCAUCCAUUUGCUCCGUGACAGCUCAGGAUCCAGAUUCUGGCCAAAACGCAUACCUUUCAUAUUCUAUCCUGGACGGAGACAUACAGGGAAUGCCUGUGUCCACAUAUGUUUCCAUAAACUCUGACAACGGCAACAUUUACGCACUGCGAUCCUUCGACCACGAGCAACUUAAAAACUUUCAGAUCACAGUUCAAGCUCAAGACGCAGGGUUCCCACCACUUAUCAGCAACGUCUCAGUGACUAUAUUUAUUUUGGACCAGAAUGACAAUGCACCUGUCAUUGUGUCCCCGGUUGCGCAAAACGGCACCGCACCCAGCGAAGCAGUGCCUAAAUCAGUUGAUGCGGGCUACCUCGUCGCCAAAAUCAGCGCCGUGGACGCAGACGCUGGUCAAAACUCGCGUCUUUUUUACCAGCUGCUCCAAGCAACAGACCCGAGCUUGUUCAGCAUCGCUCUGUACACAGGCGAGAUCAGGACGAUACGCCAGCUGGUGGAGAAAGACCCCACGAGGCACAGAUUGGUCAUUCUUGUGAAGGACAAUGGUCAGCCGCCCCUCUCGGCCACUGUUUCCAUCAUCCUGUCAGUGGUUGACAGCCUGCCAGAUUCGAAGCCCGAUUUGGGUGACCUGUCACUAAGCCCACAUCACAGCUCCAACUUCACCCUGUACUUAAUCGUGUCUCUGGGCGCAAUCUCCUUCACAUUCCUGGUGGCUAUUAUCGUCCUGGUUGCAGUGCGGAGGCUGAAGGGCAGAGCGUCCAGCAGAGAGUCCAACUUCCCCUCCAUAGGCGGGUGUUGCUGCUGCUGCUCGCGCUCAGACACAUCCACCACCACAGAGGUGUUCAAAAAGUCCAACUUAAACGUCCGGAUGUCCUCCGGUGCGUCCGGCUGCGCGGAGACCAGCAGCAACGGGGCGCUUCCUCAGGUGUAUUGCUACAAAAUGUGUCUGACGCCGGAGUCGUCCAAAAGUGACUUUAUGUUCCUGAAGCCCUGCAGCCCGGUAAUGUCAGUGCAGCAGAAUAACGCUAAGAGUACAGAUUACCUCACCUCUGGUUGGAGCGCGCUGGACCGGAAUGACCUGGCCAACAACAGAGCUGCGACCCCGAACGAGCAACUGAGGUAUUCAAACAAGGACUGGACUUGGACCAAGAACCAACGAAACUCAGCAUACAAGAGGUAUAGUGCAGCUAAUAUGGAGGGCACUCUCACUCGUCAACAAAAAAAUGACGCCCAUGGGUUUUCCUGCUCUGUGGCUCCACAGUACUGGACCUGGGGAAACCAUAUGAAUGACUGCAAGAUGGCUCUCCAAGAGGGAGCAGUUCCUCACUACUCGUGGACUCCAAAGUACACGCAGCCGAGCUCUGAAGCCCCAGACUACCAGCACAAUGUGUACAUACCUGGCACCACGUCUGACUACAGCACUCUGAAGCUGGCACCCAGAGGAGAGCUGGAUAUGUACAACACCUUCUCUACUUUUGGAAAGAAGAAAAAAUUCAUCUCAAACUAUGAACAAGCUUAUGACAACGAUGACAGUCUCAUAAGUAAUGAGAUUUUCAAAUGAUACUCCAACUGUUCUGUAUAUUCUGUGUAUGACAUGCACAUAGAGCAUUAUCUAGUUCCAUUUAUAACCACAAAACAGGCUAAGGUUUUUUCUUUUUUUUCCAGUGGAAUUUAAAACA